UACGUCACUGAGUCAUCUGUCUUCUCCAGUCCCCGCAUGGCCAAAAGUCAUGGACGAGCAAACAUGCAGCAUUGUUUGUUCUUUCAUUCGGUCAAGUGUGUCCUAAAACGCAGCGUGUUUCAACAGAAGGAGGCUACCGGCAGAUUAGACUCUCUGCCUCUAUUUGAGGCUGCUCAGAAACUGGACACCACACAUAAGUCUGCACUGAAGACAAACAGAUUUGACCUUGUGUUGCUGAUUGCUGUGGGACAAGUGGACACAAAUUUGGACCUUGAAGCAAAGUGGACCUUCACGUUGUCACUUACUGGUGGCGACCUCCUUUGAACCCGUGGUAGAAUGGCCUCAAGACAAGGAGACAUGCCAGCACUUGAAUCUGGAUCAUCAUCCGGGUUUUUCGGUGUCCCGUUACCUCCCAUUGGAUUGACCCGGCACAAUAUGAGCUACAACGAUCACAUGGAUAUCCCGAUGCAUUCCCCCCCUCCGGACAUGACCCUUAACAUCUUUUGGAAAGACCCCGUCAUCCCACAGAACAGAUUUAGGAAUACUGCUGAGGAAGGGGACAGCGGUGGAACCAUGAUGACUUUGGAGAGACCGGAGCCAGCGAAGUCCCCUGUCCCUGUUGUGAAAGCCAAAGCAAGUUCUUUUAUGAGCUCCCUCGCCAGCAAGCAGACCCAAGAGAGCCUCCAAAGCUUUGAGCACCAGGCGGGGUUGACUGACACUGGAUAUACCCCCCAUAAGGGCCUCUCUGCUGAGGAGACGCGCUUUCACCGUCUGGCUGAUAGCACACAACUUAAGCUGAGAAUGUCAAUCGGGGACUUCAAGGACGACAGGCUUACAACAUCGGCACAAUCCACCCCAAGUGGCACCCCCUCAGUCACCCCCUCUGUCACACCAUCUGUCACCCCCUGCGUCAGUCCCCUCGCAUCACCCGCUGUGAGUCGCAGGAGCUGGUUCCAGCGGAGCCCUGCACCCUUUCUCGCAUUAGAGCCUAACGGUCCCAACUACACAUCAGACAUGGGAGGAAACCAGGGAGGAGAGGACAGGUGGAGCUUUUUUGGAACUCGCCCGGUGGUACAGAAGUCCCCCACUCACCCAGGGUCUGACACCGGAACAGGGAUUUUUGCUUACCUAAACCAUCAAGUGCCUCGCACCAGGAAGGAGAUAUUUGAGACACUAGUGAACGGACUGCAGAGACUGGAGUACAGAGGCUACGAUUCAGCAGGUAUUGCAGUGGAUGGAAAAAAUAAGGAGACCUCCGACGUAAAGGGCAAAUCCAUCUGUUUAAUCAAGAAGAGGGGCAAGGUCAAGGCUCUAGACGAGGAGCUCUACAAGAAAGACUCUCUCGACCUGGAGGAGGAAUUGUGCACACAUUUCGGCCUCGCGCACACUCGCUGGGCCACACACGGAGAGCCGAGUGCUCUCAACAGCCACCCUCAUCGCUCUGACAACAAUAACGAGUUUGUUGUCAUCCACAAUGGUAUCAUCACCAAUUACAAGGAGCUGAAAGCCUACCUGAUCACCAAAGGAUAUGCCUUUGAGUCGGAGACGGACACCGAAGUCAUCCCAAAGCUCAUCAAGUAUGUUUACGACAACCGGGAGGACGACAGCAUCCGUUUCUCGACCCUGGUGGAGAGAGUCAUCCAGCAGCUGGAGGGGGCCUUUGCCUUGGUGUUUAAAAGCCGCCAUUACCCAGGAGAGGCUGUGUCUGCCAGGAGAGGAAGUCCGUUGCUCAUUGGAGUACGCAGCGAACAUGAGCUGUCAACGGAACACAUCCCGGUUCAGUAUAAAGGUGCUCUCCUAAAGGAGGACAUCAAGGAAAAAAACAACCAUAACCGCCAGGACAGCACUAUUAACUCCGUCGGCGAUGGCAGGGCGGUGGAGUAUUACUUUGCCUCUGAUGCCAGCGCCAUUAUUGAGCACACCAACAAGGUGUUGUACCUGGAGGACGAUGACAUCGCAGUGGUCAGAGGAGGGAAACUGUCCAUCCACAGGAUGAACCGGCAGGCCGGUGAAGACCCCGUGCGGGCCAUCCAAACUCUAAAAAUGGAGCUGCAGCAGAUAAUGAAAGGAAACUUUCAUUCCUUCAUGCAGAAAGAGAUCUUUGAGCAGCCGGAGUCGGUGGUGAACACAAUGAGAGGUCGGAUUUGUUUUGACACCAACACCGUGGUUCUCGGAGGACUGAAGGACCACCUGAAGGAAAUCAAACGCUGCAGACGACUUAUCAUGAUUGGCUGCGGCACGAGUUUCCAUGCAGCAGUCGCUACCAGACAGAUUCUGGAGGAGCUCACAGAACUGCCCGUCAUGGUGGAGCUGGCGAGCGACUUCCUGGACCGCAAUACGCCCGUUUUUCGAGACGACGUCAGCUUCUUCAUCAGCCAAUCAGGAGAAACAGCGGACACUUUGAUGGCUUUGCGAUACUGUAAAGACAGAGGCGCUCUCACAGUGGGUGUAACCAACACUGUGGGAAGCUCCAUUUGCAGGGAAACAGACUGUGGAGUCCACAUCAAUGCUGGGCCUGAGAUUGGAGUAGCUAGUACCAAGGCAUACACCAGUCAGUUUGUGGCGCUCAUCAUGUUUGGCCUGAUGGUGAGUGAGGACAGGCUCUCGCUGCAAAAGAGAAGACAGGACAUCAUUGACAGCCUCAAGGAACUACCUGAGCUGAUAAAAAAGGUUUUAUCUCUGGAUGAGAAGAUCAAGACCAUCGCAGAUGAGCUGUACCAACAAAGAUCCCUUCUGGUUAUGGGCCGUGGUUUCAAUUAUGCCACUUGCCUUGAGGGGGCGCUGAAAAUCAAGGAGAUCACCUACAUGCACUCGGAGGGGAUCCUGGCCGGGGAGCUGAAGCACGGACCUUUGGCCCUGAUUGACAAACACAUGCCCGUCAUCAUGAUCAUCAUGAAGGACGCCUGCUACACCAAGUGUCACAACGCCCUGCAACAGGUCACCGCAAGAUCGGGCAGGCCCAUCAUCUUGUGUUGCCAGGACGAUACUGAGGUAACCAGGAACGCCUAUCAGACCAUCGAGCUGCCGCGUACUGUGGACUGUCUGCAGGGCAUCCUGAGUGUCAUCCCACUGCAGCUGAUGUCAUUCCACUUGGCUGUUCUGCGAGGAUAUGAUGUUGACUGUCCCAGAAACCUCGCCAAGUCCGUCACGGUGGAAUGAAAACAUCGAGAGAGGCCAAAGGAGACGUUAUAGCUUUGCAGUGCAAUUCUCAAUUCUCGGAAUGUUUGCGCGGCCGUGCACGGCUGCAUUUAUGUUAGUAUGUCCGCAUGUAAGACUUGUGUGUGUGUGUACAGUGUGUAUGUGAGUGAAAGAGGUACGUUUUAUUUUUGUUUUUAUGAAAACAAAUGUGAAGUUUGACCGAUACACUGACGAGGGAACACCGGUGCCGUUGAGGCCUUGCAUGAAUCACAUUGCACAAACAUACUGUGCCUUUUCUAAUCUCUAGAAAAGCCAAAAUAUUUUUAACUAGCUUCAUAAUAAGCAAUAAAUGCCAAAUGGAAGAAAUUACAGCAGUGCAAUAUGGGGACCAAAUGUGCAUUAUGAAAGUACACAAUCGUGACUGAACUGUACAAUUUCAUUUUAUAUUUACAGAACAUAAUUCCGUGUAAGACGUGUUUUAUCCGUGUUGUACAUGAAUGCAGCGAUUGUAACUUACGUGCUUCAACUUAAAUAUAAUAACAGCAUCUGCCAGUAGGAAAUUCAAUACAUUCAUUGCUUUUUCACUUUUUUUUUUUUUACGCUUGUGUUAUGUUUAUUUUUAUUUCCUACAUUCAACACAACAGGAUCGUAAAAUACAUACUGUAAUCAUAGCACGCAAGAGCUCUCUAUUAGCAUCUAGCUUCAUUUUCAUAAAGUACGCAAGGAGUCAUCAUCCAGGGGGGGAAAAAAAAACUGAAAUACCGUUUAUUCUUAUCAGCGUUUGUAUGGGUUCAUAACAAUUAAAAUGUUGUAUUUAUCUGAUUUGUAUUUUAUAAAUGUCAAAGAAGAGGUGUUGAUUUAUAUGUAUGAUUUUUGUUUCAUACUGUGUGUUUUUUUUUAUAUAGACAUAAUGCUCUAUCAAUCAGUAACUCGAUAAAGCGUUGCACCCAAA